AUUGAAGGAAAGGGUGAGCUCUGCAGCUGCAGGGUACGUACAGUUACAGAGGAGAAAGCUUCCAUUUUCAUGGGAAAAUCAAUCUCUUCGUCUGUCAGGCUUCAAGGACUCACCCGCAUCUUCUCCUCCUCGACCGAUAAGCUCCACCGCCAAUCCCCCAGGCAGGCGAAGCCGCCCCGGGUCGAGCCCCGCAAGAGCUCCAGGCCCGCCGGGGCCCUGCAGAAGCAAAUCUUGAACCAGCCGGCGAAGAAGGAGUCCACCACCAUGAAGGGGGCCGGUACCGCGGCCUCCCCAGACCCGGACGGCGUGGGCCGGUCCAAGCUGUCCCAAGUGGUGUCGGACUGCGUGCGGCGGUGGUUCCUCGACACCCUGAAGGAGGCCAAGGCCGGAAACAGCGGAAUGCAGGUCCUGGUCGGUCAGAUGUACAACAGCGGCUAUGGCGUCGCCAAGGACCCCCAGAAGGGGCGUGCUUGGAUUAAUAAAGCUUUGAAGAAUCGGUCUUCGGGCUGGAAAGUAGGCGAGAAACAACCUGGUUAUUCACUUCACUACUCUUGAUGUCGUGGGGUUUCCUUUAGGUUAUAAUGCGAGUGACUCAGACUCAGAUGUGAAGGGCGACGCCGACUAGGCUCAAAUCGCGAUAUUCGAGCAGAUGGAGUUUUGUCUUAUGGUAAUUGAUUCUAAGUUCUGUGGACAGAGGAAGACGUGUUGUUAUGUUACUCAGCCUUUCUUGUUUGAGUCUAUGAUUGAUCGCGGAAUGGAAUGAACCAAAAUUGGUUGCAAACAAUGUAAAGAGGAAUAAUACUUGUUGAAUUUCCGCCA